AUGAAAAGGAUCAACAGGACGAAAAGGAAGGACGAAAAGUACCAAAACGACGAAAAGGACCAAAAGGAUCAAAGGGACCAAAAGGACCAACAGGACCAACUGGACGAAAAGGACCAAAAAGACGAACAGGACCAAAAGAACCAACAGGACGAAAAGGACGAAAACGAUGAGAAGGGCGAAAAGGAAGAACCGAAAAGAAAAAAAAUAGGUAAAAAGAAGGAGAGAUUAAGAGCAAUAGAAAAAAAUAUGGAGUUGAGAAACAAGGAACAAAAUAGAAACAAAAGAGACGCAAAGAAAAAAGACAAAAAAGAGUCGAAAGAAAAGGAGAGAAAGAGGAAAAACCGGGUAAGAAAUAGAAGAGAAUAUAAAGGUAUAAAACGAGGAAGGAAGAAAGAAAAGGGAACGAGAAAGGAGGGUAAACAAAAAACAGGUGACAAAAGAGUAACAGAAAAGAGUGAAACAAAUGUAGGAUGA